AUGGAUAUUCUUGACCCCUUAUCACCAUUCGACGAAUACGUUCCUGCUGGCAACACAACAACGCCACCAUCAUCAUCAUCAAACACCCAACCACAAGGUGAUCAAACUCCGAUCACACCCCAAACACCUUCUGUAAACUUUACAGAGCUCAUCGGUCUUCAAGACACUCAUUCCGAGAUUGAAAACCCCGAAGCUGCCCAACAAAAGUUAGCUUCUCUCUACAAUCAAGAAGAAUUCUCUGAUAUUGUUUUCACGAUUGGAAGAAAAAGGUUUUACGCCAUAAAAGCUUUGGUGGUUGGAUGGAGUCCCGUGUUCAAGUCCAUGCUCUGUGGCGACUUUAUGGAAGCUGGUCUCAAAGAAGUUCCUCUUGACGACGUUGAUCCUGUGGCGUUUGAAAUGUUUUUGCGUGUGAUUUAUUCGGGCAAGUCAGGUUUAUAUCCAGUCCACAAUUUCGUUGAUCUAGAAGCAUUGCAUGAAUCAAGUUUAUCUGAGCAUGUUUUUUCGCUUAUUGAUGCUUGUGAGAGGUAUUGCGAUUUGGACGAAAUUGAACAAAUUAGAAGAAAUGUAGUUGCCAAAAUAUGUGGUGAAUUUGAUGACGUUGUACAAAGACCAGAUUUCGUCAACAUGACACCAGAGUAUCUUCUUCGUUUUUUGAAAUCUGAUCUGAUUGUUAUUCCAGAAGACAUUCUUUUCAAUGCUCUUAUGAAAUGGGUCGACCACAACAGGGAUGAACGUAGCAAGUACAUUGAGGAGUUUUUAAGCUUAAUUCGCUUCCCAUUAAUGGACCCUCGCACACUCACUGAAAUGGAAUAUCACCCAUUGUUGGUAGACAAACAGAAAACACUCCAACCAACAAUUUUUGAGGCUAUGAAAUUUCAACUGCAUGCUGAAUCAAUUCCUGAAGAAAGAAGGAAACAUUUCUCCUUUUUGGAAAGAGAGCUGCCAUACGAAGAAGAAGCAACACCCAAAUUUUACAAGAAAGUGUUCACACUCACCUCUCUUGGAUGUACAGGAUCAACCAUACCUACAACGUUCGAAGGACACUAUCCUAAGGAGCUUUGUAAAGUGUUAACAUUGAAGAAUGGUUUUCAGAAUUGGAAGGUUCAUUCGUCAGGCAAAUAUAAGAUUGUAGCUGUUGGUGCAAGUGGUGGAGAAAACUCGUACAGUACCACAACCAAAGGCGGUAAAGGAGCCAUGGUUUCAGGAGUGUUUAAAUUAAAGAAGGGUCAGAAUAUUAGCAUUAUCGUUGGCCAAAAGGGUGAAGAUGCUAAAGGUGGUACAGGAGGAGGUGCAGCAGGAGGUGGCGGAGGUACAUUUGUUGUAGAUGCUGACCUUCAACAACCACUAAUUAUUGCUGCAGGUGGUAAUGGGGCAAACUGGUCUGGCGUUCCCAACUACCACUUCGCUGGUGUAACAUUCCUUUAUUUGGUUCAUUCGGGCUACGUCUCAGUGUUUUUGUUACAUUAG